AUGGCGGAUGUCGCCAGUCGUCCAAGGACGACAGACUUCGCCUUCAUGAGAAGGUUCAACGAUGACAUCGACAAUAGCAACACAGACAAUGGCGAUCGAUCAGCAAGUGCAGCGGACUAUGCCUCUUUACUCGCCGGGUCGUCCCUUUACUUAGAUCAACGCCUGAACCCCACCUCAUCGCUCCCAGCAAACUUCGAGGAUACUCUGCAGGCGACACAAGCGCUGCUCAGCAGUGGGAAUGCUAGCAGUCUUGUAUCCGAUGUCACCUCUGCAACAGGCGCAGGCGUAGACGAGGGGCCUGUCUCGAGCGAGUUCCAAUUCCCAGAGAUCCCGGCGGCACUUCUAGAGCAGGGUCCACAGUAUCAAUACUCUGCACAUACCCGGAUGAACGUCUUCGCUGAAGGAAUGCCUGACGACUUUGGCGGGCUGGACUUUGUUGGCGGUACAGGAGACGCAUACGGGCUUCCACUUACGUCGGUACCAUACGGAUCUGCGUGGAACCCAAGCAGCUCUGGCUCGAUCACUGCAGAUACUCUUGGUCAGACUACUCUUUCGCAUCCAGACCGGGAUCAAUCAUCUCCGUCCUCAGCAUCUGUACAGUAUGGCGAUCAAGGAUCUAUGGCAAGCCACGAUGUCUCUUCGGCGACGCAAGAUUUCCUUCAGCUUUCAGGAUACCACAGUGCUAAUGCGUUUGACGGCAGUCAAAUCACGCAGCAGAGACAGAUGCCGUCUUCCAAUCCGUCAUACGAUGGCUAUUAUACUGGCCUGCCAAAGGCCUCAUCUGAUGGCAGCCUGUACCAGCAGCCCAUUGGCUCCCUUGGCAACGCUAGCUCUGCUACCCAUCCUCAACGUUCUGCCUCACUGCACCUGCAUCAGCUCAACUACAAUCUUCCCAUCGGCGGCAGUCUUCAAGCCUCGCCAUCAACGUCCAGACAGCAGACGAAUGACGAUAUUGGUCAGCCUUCGAGCCCCAAGCGUAUGCGCACCAUUAGCUCUGCGACAGCAACAUACCCAAGCGCUUUGCCUCACUUCCAGUCUCCUAGCACCGGCCACAACUACGCUAGUCUAACACGGUCUCAACCGUCACACCUCCCACUGCAGGAAGGGCAACCAGCCCUGUUUGAUGUUUCUUCGUCGAACAAUCGUAUGCGCGCGGACUCUGGGGCAUCGAGUAUGACGAGCACGCGCUACGACACAUCAGUGCCCCAAGCGAUCGACCGCUUCGGCGAGCGUGCAUCGAGCGGCCCAGCCUACUUCAGGUCGGACUGGUCCGAUGGUGUCUUGCAGUCUGUGAAUAGGAGCGGGCCUCCUCCCAGAGCACCACUGCAGCCAUUCGAGGCGGACAUUGCACUGCCGACGAGCUCGAGAAAUCACCGUCCUCUUCUCGUCCCCUCCUCUAUCUCGGGCCUGCCAGCCACGUCAGUGGCGAGGGACUUUAGAGCACAGCCUGGCUCUUCAUCCAGCGCUGACGGCCUCGGAUCUGGGAGGACUCCGCGCAAGAAUCUCAAUGGCGGUAAUGGCAGCACUGAUGACGAAAUGGACGAUUAUCCAGAUGCUCCUCCUCCCAAUCCAAGAGCGGUGGCUUUGGCAGAGGCGGCGACGACUCGCCAAUCAGGUACUCAGGCUCAGCAAGACUGUUUGCAAGCCCUCAACGAGACGAUGAACCAGUCACUGGAGCAGGAUGGUGUGGCUCGAUGCCCCUUUCCUCACUGCACCAAGACGUUUGCCAAGCAUCGCUCGUACAACCUCAAGACUCAUCUGCGGUCGCACUCGCAGCUCAAACCCUUUGCCUGUUCCUCCUGCACUCGUGCAUUCUCACGAAAGCACGAUCUGGAGCGACAUGCUCGUGUCCAUUCUGGUGACCGGCCGUACAUCUGUGAGGUCUGCGGUCGAGGCUUCCCUCGUUCCGACGCAUUGCGACGGCAUUGGAGGGUUGAGAAGGAAUGUGGGGACAAGGCCGGCGAGCUUGACCCAAAUAGUGCACCAGGCACGAGCAACAUGACGUCUCAGGCAAGCGGCAUGGCUGCCCUAGCGCCAAUGUCCUUCAGCGGAGCCGGCGCAGGAAAUGAUGCAUCUGGUCGAGUAGGCCCUGAUGCAAGAUACCACAUCACAAGUGGCACUAGCUCCUUUGCUCCCGAAGCAAUGGGGCAUCGUUAUGGCGACGCUUUCCCGCAAGGCACGUCGUCAUCUUCAAGUACGCUACUGGGCACAGGAAAGAGGCCUCGAGAGAAUUGGUGA